AUGAAUAGAAGUGAUGGUGACUGUUCCUUCUCCGAGGUUAAUUCCAUUGUCAAUGGGCUGCAACUGGCUUUCUACAUUCCCAUCUUUAUUGUGGGCCUUGCCUUGAACAUAAUUGCAUUGAGGAUUUUCUGCUUCUCUUUGAAAAAAUUUACAGAAGCCACAAUUUUUUUGAUAAACCUUGCAGUCCUAGACCUUCUUCUUAUCUUGUCUUUGCCAUUCAAAAUGUACUUUUCAAAGCCAAAUGCCACCGGGAACUGGCGUCUUUGCAAUUUUGUAGAGUGCUUGUAUUUCACAAACAUGUAUGGAAGCAUAUAUACUAUAAUGUUCAUUAGUGUGGACAGGUAUAUAGCCAUAAGACACCUAUUUUGGUCUAAACUCCUACGUUCUCCAACAAAGACCAAAACAAUUUGUGUUGUCAUCUGGAUUUUUGUCUGGACAGUCAGCAUUUCUGUCUUCAGUUUCAACAAUGGAGAUCAAGAAAAUAUGCGCUGCUUCCAUAACAUGUCAGAUAGCAUCUGGAGCACCCCUAUUAUAAUAUCCCUUGAGACCAUUGGGUUUCUUGGUCCACUGACUGUCAUGAUGUAUUGUUCCAUUCAGAUCAUCAGAACAUUGCUGACUGAUAGAUUCUCCCAAGAACAAAAUAGCCGAGAGAGGAUCAUUGUCAUUCGUAUUAUUAUCAUAAACCUUGUAGUAUUUCUAGUUUCUUUUACACCCAGUCACAUAGCCAUCUUUCUUCAGUUCUUAGUUCGGAAGCAUGUGAUAUCUGAUUGCUACUUUCGGCAAAAAGUAAGUCUGUUUUUGCAGAUGGCUCUCUGCAUUGCUAAUUCCAACUGUUGUCUUGAUGCAGUAUGCUAUUAUUUUGCAGUGGAAGAAUUUAGAAAUUCAUCAAUAAAGAAAGACUCUAUAAUUCCAAAACGGACAGUAUCAUUACGGUCACCCAGUAUUGAGUAA